AUGACGGAUGGGUGGCGUACUUAUGAAGAUCACACAUACGAUUUCUUCAGCUCGUUGACAAAGGAGGAUGCGGGGGUCCAUUUCAGGCUGGGAGGUGUUGAGCGUCUAUGGACAGACGAUGACUUCGCCGCUGCCUUUGGGCUACCCAACGAUGCAGAGGAUGACGUGAAAAUGGAUUAUGAUGUGGCAUGGUUGGCUAUCACCAAUGCCAAGGAGUUUAACCGGUCCUCGCGGGAAUCUGCGAUUCGAAAUCCGGCGUUGCGUUAUGUGCAUCGGAUGAGGGACAGCGAGUGCGACCUGCCCUGUCUAUUAUUCGGCGGCCUCUUCAGUGUGAAUAGGCGUAGCAAUCACAUUGCCCUCGGAGGGCUAGUCACGCGAAUCGCCGAACAUCUUGGGCUUGAGCUUAGAGGCUGGCCAGCGGUCGGGGGGGUGGCAUGUUUUGAUUUGAGCCAGCUCGAGCUGAUUCUCGCCGUGAAGAAAGAGAAUGGCACCCAUUACUGGAUGGUGUCGGCAGAGGAGAGGCUACCUUUGCCCAACUGCUCUUUCGUUGACCUUUAUGUCGCGGCGAACAUAAUGAUGCAGCAUGCUGCCUUCCCCGACUCCGACGUCCGCAGGGAGUUAGAGUUACUGCGGGCUCGAGUCGUGGAGUUGGAGCACGAGCAGCAGCGCCUUCGGGAUCUUAUUCAGGACUUGCUGGAUGAGCGCCGCUGGGCGGACCCAGGUCCCUCCCAGUGA